AAUGCGAAUGUGGGUCAAAAAGUGCGCACGGCUGCACUCGCCCCUCCACCGGGCGCGACGCGACGCGACACGACACGACACGUGCGAAUGCUCCCGGAGCGCACAAAGAGUCGAGUGUAUCGCGAGCGAGCGGUGCCACGACGUCAGCGUCUCUCCGGCGCUGAGCCGAGUCGGGCCGGGGCCGGCAGCAGCAGCCGCGGUGACGUCACCGGCUGACGGCGGCAUCAAAGCGGAGCACACAGGGCCGAGCGCCGGCGCAGCAGCAGCAGCAGCAGCAGCAGAGAGCCGCUCGCCCCGGCGGAGGAAGACAAACGCUGGACAGCGGCGGCUCUCCGCUCCGUGACCAAAAUCCCUGGACGGCGACUUUCCCCGCUUCUGUUAAGCUCAGAGUCCAAGUUACACCCAGAACCACAAGGCUUUGCGCCGACUCAAGAUGCUGAUCGCCGGCGCGGCACCCCUCAGCAGGUCGUCCCUGACCGUGGACAUGAAGAACAGAUGUUUGCAGUGAAGGUGCCUACUAAGGAGCACAGCGGAGAGGAGGUAGUAACAGGUGCUUCGUGCCAAGGUGGAUUUGGAGGUGUGGAGGAGAGCUGAAGAUCAUGGGGAAAUCAAACAGCAAGCUCAAACCAGAGGUGGUGGAGGAGUUGACAAGGAAAACCUACUUUACGGAGAAAGAAGUGCAGCAGUGGUACAAAGGCUUCAUAAAAGAUUGUCCGAGUGGGCAGCUUGAUGCUGUGGGCUUUCAGAAGAUAUACAAGCAGUUCUUUCCCUUUGGAGAUCCCACAAAGUUCGCCUCCUUUGUCUUCAACGUUUUUGAUGAAAAUAAGGAUGGACGCAUCGAGUUCUCUGAGUUCAUCCAGGCCUUGUCCGUGACUUCUCGGGGAACUCUGGAUGAGAAGUUGAGAUGGGCUUUUAAAUUAUAUGACCUUGAUAACGAUGGCUACAUUACCCGUGAUGAGAUGUUGAACAUCGUAGACGCCAUAUACCAGAUGGUGGGGAACACUGUGGAGCUGCCCGAGGAAGAAAACACACCCGAAAAGCGAGUGGACCGUAUAUUUGCGAUGAUGGACAAGAAUGCCGAUGGGAAGCUGACACUGCAGGAGUUUCAGGAGGGCUCAAAGGCAGACCCUUCUAUUGUUCAGGCACUGUCGCUCUAUGAUGGACUUGUGUAGGAAUGUAAGAUGGAUCCAACUCAGCCUCCACCUGCGCCUGGUCCAGCACCAUCACACCGACACUGGAGGAAGCCAGAAAACUUUUGUCGCGCGGCCGUACGGCCUCUGUGUCCAGUAGCUGUUCGUCUAUAUUUCCACCAGGGGCCGUGAGGAAAAAUGUCCUUUUAAUGUGACAGAGAAUUCAAAACAUGUCCGUAAACCCCUCAGUCAUUUAUCUGUGCUUCUACAGCUGUGUGGCACUGCGUACACCCUCGAGUGUUGUGGACAGUGUUGUGGUUCACCAACGGAACAGUCCAAGGAACAAAAUUUGUUCGGAGAUGUAAGUGUGUGUCCUGCUCACACACUCUAAACCAGGUAAUGCUCGAAAAAAGUUCCAGAGGAACUGUGGCGCGUCUUUGUCGACACGUGGAGAGACUCUAAACUGGAAAAUGUAUUAAAAAGGUGAACAGCGUGAACACUCGCUUAAAGUUACAAAGCAGCAUAGUGUAUAUUGUACAAUGUAAAUAUAAUUGUAAUUUAUUUUCUGCUUUGCUGCAUUUUACAGGAAAUUAUUCCUCAUAAAUAUGGAAUGAAGUUUUAUUUUUUAUCAAAUGUCUUGAAAUGUAUUGCACUGUAUUUUUUAUCACUAUUGUGGGAUAGUGCUUUUUUUCUCACACAGUCUGAAGUUCCCUUUUCCCUGAGAGAACAGGAUUUUUUUUUAUUUGGAGGAGAGUGUUGGAGGAGUGGGGCGGGGGGUUCUCUGGAUCAUUUUACUAUGUUUGCAGUCCGUGCAUCCUUUUGUGCUUUCACUUCCGCGUGAGCAGGAGCGUCUAGUGUCUGCAGCGUCGCACAGCCACAUCCUGAACGACAUGACCAAGCAACCACCGUGAAUUCUCACAGCUUACAUUGUGAAUUGAGGCUCAUUAUUUUCUUUUGUGAGCAUCGUGUCCCCACCCUUGGCGCACACAAAGCCCUAGUCAUCGAGAGGCACAAACAGACAUCAACUCUAGCUGUAAAGCUUUUGCGAGCUCUGUGGUUGCAAUUGUCCACUUUGUAUUUGUCCCGUGUGAGGCCAGAACCUCUGUUUUUAUUUGAAUUCAUGGAUUAUUUUAGUUAGAGCAUUAAGAUGUCUUAUCAGCUUCACUGAUUUUUUUAAGCCUUAUGCAAAUGAUAAAUUACUAAAUGAUACAUGUAAUUUACCUGUUGACUAGCAGUAUAGGAGCACAGAAUAAAAUGCAUUUAAGUGGCUUACUUUUCUAUUACCGUAUUCUCAGUCUGGAAUGGAUAGGGAAAACAAAUGUGUUUAAUUUUGUAUUGAUUUCUGUUCUUGCGUAAUUGAGGGAGCUGCUUUGUGGAAUGACAUUUGCUUAAAUUUCUUAUUUGUCUCCUAAUGAUUUAUUUAUCAUUUAUUCACAACUGCACACUUCCUAUUGCAUGUUACUGGGAGUUUCAAACAAUACCAAUCCAAUAUUGCACUGAGCCAUUACAAUGAUAUGUCAAGCUUUAGUCCCUGCUGUGCUUUGAAACUGAACCGGACAUGGCUGCUUGCUCUGCACUGUGUGGUUGUAUAAUGAACAAGGAACUGUAUAAAGCUGAUGUGUUGGUGGUUGGAUUAA